AUGAUUUUAUAAUUGAAUAAAAAAAUUGGGAAAAAGCAUUAAUAUACUUUAAAUAAUAAUAAUAAAAUGAUAUCGCAUUAUUCUAUUUAAGUAUUUAAUUAAUUUAAAUUAGGUGUAAUAUUAUUGGAAUUGA